GAAAAUAAGACCGGUACUCUCCCAAACCCUAUAGGCAGCGUUUCAUUUCUUCGCUUCUCUCUCUCAGCCUUCAGCAAAACACUACAGCUACAGCGAACACUAACAGCCGAUUUGAUUAAGCAAUAAACAGUUGAUGAACCGCUGAACUGAAGUGAAUCGAUCUCGCGCUUUGCCUUUUAUCUCGACAGGCUCCGCUCCACUUUCCAACAUCGUGCAGUUCUUGACUUCCCCCUCUCAUUUGAACUCAACAAGAAUGGAUAAGAGGAAGAUGAUGAAACGAGAAAACAAAGAGGUAGCAACUUCUACUACAUUCAUGGAUAUGAAGUCCCAGAGGAUGGAACUAAAUUCAAUAUUGAAAGAUAUUCAGUAUAUGGGACCCUCCCAUAUGACAUGGAAAGAAAAGAAGGCUUUAGAAAACAAGAAAGUAGUUUCUCUUGGUGGAAAGCCUCCCAAGAAGCAGAGAUUGCCUCUAAGUGUAGCUCGUGUACAAAUGAAAAAACAAAAAGAAAGGGAUCAAAAGAUGUUACAAGAGAAUAUGAUACUUGGACAAGUUGGAGGGAAACGCGGAAAUCGAAGCAAACGGGAAUCGGAAUCACGUAAGCCGGAGGAUAGGGUAUUGAUGUCAACUGCUGGCCGAUUCAGGAAUGGAAUCCUUGAUGUUAAAGAUUUGUUGAAAACCGGUGCACCGUCUAGGGACCGUGGUUUUUCCGGCAGCCGUGGGUCUGGCGGUCUUGGGUUGGGUGAUGGUGGGAAAAAGAAGCAUGGAAAGAAAGGUGGUCGCCGGAAAGGCCAUCAUUAAGUGCUAAUAUUUGUGUAUUUAAGUUUUGAUACACAUUUAAGAAAAAAAAUGUAUUUCUUAUGGAAAUUGUUAAAGGUGAAAAAUGAGUAAAAAAAGUGGAUCAAUUUAAUAUGGAA